AUGGCUUGGGUUCUCCCACUCGCUGCUCUGGUGCUGGGACUUGGCUACACUGCCUGGCAUUGCAUUUACAACCUCUACUUCCACCCACUUCGCAGGUUUCCCGGCCCCAAAUUUGCGGCCAUGUCAUUUAUCCCAUACUCUCUCAUCUUGACUGGCGGCGAAGGCCACCACAAGAUAUUAGCCCUGCACCUCAGAUACGGCCCCAUUGUUCGCGUAGCGCCCAACUUCCUUUCAUUCAACCACCCAGACGCCCUCAACGACAUGCGCGGCCACCGCAAGGCCGGCCAGCCUGAGCACGGCAAGGAUCCAAUACGCCGAGUCCCAAACGUCCACAACAUCAUUGGCGCAAAUCGCGAGGACCAUUCGCGUUUUCGAAGGAGUUUGGCCCAUGGAUUUUCUCAUCAGGCCAUGCUGGAUCAGGAGCCCAUCAUUGGCGGCUACAUCGACCAGCUGAUGGAUCGACUGAAACGGGACUGCGGCAAUGGAACGCAGCAAAUCGACAUGGUCCGCUGGUUCAACUUUACGACGUUUGACAUUAUUGGUGAUUUGUCUUUUGGCGAGCCGUUCGACUGCCUCCAAAACUCUGAUUACCAUCCUUGGGUUUCGCUCAUCUUCCAGUCUGUCAAGAACCUCGUCUUCAUGGCAGCGAUACGAUACUUUCAGAUUUUCCCAAAGUUCUUCCAAAGAUUUGCCAUACCCAAAGAUAUUGCUGGCAGAUUCGCCGAAAAUAUGCAAUUAUCUGGAAUGAAGGUCCAAAAACGUCUCGACAGCGGCUCGGAUCGCCCCGACUUUAUUACUUCAAUGACGGCCAAGCGCAAUGGAUCAUCGCUUUCUUUCCAAGAGCUUGCAUCAAACGCUGUAAUCCUCAUUAUAGCGGGCUCAGAAACUACAGCCACGGCAUUAUCCGCAGCAGCUUAUUACCUCGGCCUUCAUCCGGAAAUCCAAGCCAAACUUGCCCAUGAGGUGCGGUCAAGUUUCAAAAGCGCAGAAGAUGUCAACAUCACAAGCGUGCAGCAUCUAUCGUACAUGUUGGCAGUGCUGGACGAGUCGAUGCGCGUUUACCCGCCAGUUCCUGGGGGCCUGCCGCGAUAUACCGGCAAGGGAGGUGGUAUUAUUGCUGGUGAAUUCAUCCCAGAAAGCGCUCAUGUUGAUGUUUGGCAAUGGCCAAUGUACCACAAUCCAAACUACUGGACGCAGGUUGAGGACUUUAUUCCGGAGCGCUGGCUAGGCGAUCCUAAAUUCAAGGACGACAAGAGAGAUGCGUUUCAGCCAUUUUCUACAGGACCUCGCAACUGUAUUGGUAAAAAUCUUGCCUAUGCCGAAAUGCGCCUCAUCUUGGCUCGUGUCAUUUUGGAGUACGAUAUUACGCUUGCUGAAGGCACUGAGGGCUGGGAUAAUAGAAGCAAGUCGUAUACCCUGUGGGAAAAGGGUGAGGUGAAUGUUUAUCUGACUCCUCGUAAGGUGGAGUAG